AUGGGUGGCCUACACUGGCGGAAGAAGGGCGGCGGAAAGGACGGAGGGGGGUCGAGCGCGCGCAAGCAGGUGGUGCUGACGGCGGCGCAACUGACGGAGCUGGAGAGUUACAUUCAAGACAUGGAGGCCAAGUGCGCGCAGUUUCAAACGGUGGUGGCGCAGAAGGCAGCAGCAGAAGCAGCCAUGAGAGGGGAGCUACAGGGGCUGGCAGCGGGGGUGGAGGGGGAGAGGGCCGCUCGGGAAUCGGCUCUGGAUGCUCUGAUGACGGACUUUGAAAGAAGAGUGUCUGCCCGCCUCCCCCCACCCUCGUCUGCCCGCUCGCCCCUCGCCACCAUCACCUCUUCUGCUACAGCUGCCUCCACCGAACCGGACUCCAUCUCCCCGCCCUCCACCCUCGCUCCACCCUCUCUCCCCUCCUCUCUCACCUCCUCUCUCCGCUCCUCAGUCCGCCCCGCCCUCCCCUCCUCGCUCUCCUCCUCCCUGACCACCUUUGUCAGCAGCAGCAGUGAGAUAGAGGCUUUGGCUCAACGAGCCAGAGCCGCGGCUCUGGCUGCUGCUUCAGCCGCUGCUGGCAGGGGUGCUGGUGCUGGUGUUGGUGCUGCUGGUGGGGCGAAUUUCGCUGCUCUGCCUGGUGUCAGUGCUGGUGGUGGUGAUUUUCCAGGAAUGGCAGAGGCAGGGGGCAUGAUGACUUACCCUGGAGGGCCACACACUUCCCUCAUCCCUACCAGCAGCACGGGGGCAGGCAGUGCCGUGACGGAGAGGAGUGACGGUGGGGGCGGUGGGGGGUGGAGCCUGGGGCUGGGACUGCGCUGGAGCGGGGGAAGGGUGCAGCGCAGACAGCGAUUCGUGGUGGACACUGCAUGGCUGGAGGGGAUCAGGCGGGUGAGUGGAGGUGGAGGGGAGGAGGUGAAAGGAAUGCAUGCUUCGCUCUCCACCCGCCCAGUUCCACCCUCAAUGGAGCUCCAGCGGCAGCUGGCAGAGGAGCAGCAGAAGAAGCGUCCUCUCCCCACCUUUAUAUGUCUUAUCCCUCUCCACCGCUCUCCAUCUCUCUCCACCUCCCUUCUCCCCCUUUCAUCAGGACUACAUGGAGCUCCAGCGCCAGCUGGCAGAGGAGCAGCAGAAGAACCUGGUGGUGCAGCAGGUGAGAGUGAGAGCGGGCUGGCAGCGGAGAAGGCAUGGAUGGAAGCAGCGCUGAUGAGGUUCCUACAGAUGAAGAGGCAGCACGAGGAGGAGGUGGCUCAGCUCAUGGCCAAGGUGGCUCGGUUGGAGCAGGCAGUUGCCAGCUCAAGCCCCUCUGUGGCCGCUGCUGCUGCAGAGAGAACAAGCUGA